GCCGAAGUCCGUCGCGGAUCGGAGAUCGGCGUCCACCAUGUGGCGGCUUCGAAGGCGCGCUCGGCGCUCCGGAGGGCAUCCCGUGCUGCAGAACUUUUCGCUGCAGUUGUACCGCGCUCUGUCCCGCGAACGGCUCAACGUCUUCGUCUCGCCAUUCGGCACAGCCGUGGCAUUGGUCACCGCUCUGGCUGGAUCACGAGGAGACACUGCCGAGCAAAUCCUGGCCGCUCUGGGAGCGACGCACGAAGAGGAGCUGCUGCACGAGUUCGGCAUCGUAGGGCGCGUCUUGGAGCCGCUGUCGCCGCUGCACGUGGGCCUGGCCAGCAAGAUGUACCUAUCCACCUCCCUGGAACUGGCGGACUCCUUCAAGGAAGCCAUACACCAAGAGUUUGGCGGACAGGUGGGUAUCGUAAACUUCCAGGGCGACCCGGCGCUGGCAGUGAAGGAGAUCAACGCGUGGCUCUACCGGGUCACGGGCCACAAGAUGAACGGCAUGGCGAGCGUCAACGACACCAGCCUCUCCACCCGGGUGCUCAUGGUGGGCACGUCGUUCAUGCGCUGCCUCUGGCUCGACAAGUUCUCCGAGCUGUACACGGCAGCCAUGCCCUUCUUCGCCGACGACGGCAAGCUCAGCGUGCCGACCAUGUGCUCGCGUCGCAUCUGCAACUACUGCCACGUCGAGCGGCUGGCGUGCCGCGUGCUCGAGCUCCCCUGCAUGAUGGAGCACCUGCAGCUGCUCAUCCUGCUGCCGGACGUGCAGUCGGACCUGGCCUACAUCGAGGCCAACAUCACGCCCCGAGACGUGCAGGAGUUCGAGCGCCGGUACACGCGCAACCCGCUCGACAUCACGCUGCCAAAGUUCGUGCUCGACGAGCACGUCAACAUGGCGCGCUACCUGGCGGCCGUUGGAAUCCGAGACCUUUUCGACAAGGAGGAGGCCGACCUCACCGGUAUAUCAGACGAGAAGGAGCUCUGCGUGCACGACUUCCUGUGCCGGUCGCGUUUUGAGGUGACUGACGAGGACCCCGUGCGGCUGGACAUCGGCGGCUCGAACUCGCUCAAGCUGGCCGAGCGCACCGAUCUGCCCAGCUUCGAGGUGAACCGACCUUUCAUGUUUCUCGUGGUUGAGCGGCAGCGCAAGGCCAUCCUGUACAUCGGCUGCCUGCGAAAUCCCAAUGUGACGUGAGCGUCCGUGUGGUGACGGACGGUGCGGCCG